GGUGAGUUUCGAUCUAGGUCUAUAACCUCAGCAGAUCUGAUCCAUCCGUCCAAAUACCGCAAUGAAGCGUGCCCUAGUCCUUCUUCUCUUUCUUGCUGUGGUCAGUGCUAGCCGAUAUGGCGGUAGGGGUGGCUAUGGAGGUAAUCGAGGCUAUCACGUGGUCUACACUGGUCGCUACAGCAACUACCGGCCCGUCUUCACUGGACACAGAAGCUACGCCUAUGCAGGAGGAAGAUCUUACUCUGGAGGAAAUACCCAAGUCGCAAGUGCAAGUGUAGGCGGCAGUGCUGCAACCAAAGGCAAGGACGUCGAUGUGAAAAACAAAGGCGAGGAAGAUCUUGAUACAUAUCCCAGCUUUGUCUAUCCGUCACCGGAGAGCUAUCAACCGCCCGUCAAAUCUGGUUAUUAAAAUUAUAUUAAUCUUGUUUUGUUAUGAUAACUAGCUUUCUAGAAUAAAAUAUUAAUUAAACAAUC